GUAGCGCGUUUGGUCCACUCACCGAGUCACUCUUCUGAGUCUUGACCUGCCCUCUCCCCUCUCGCCCUUUUUCCCUUUUCCCAACUCAACCAUUCUUCUUCCCGUUCACUUCUUUUUUCGCUUCCGUUUGAUUUGGUCUUCCAUCACCCGCACCCACUUCUCUGGUAUUUCUUUUUCACCGCUCUAAAUUUAUCAUCUUCUUCAGUUUUAUCUCCCAACCCCCUUUGGAUCUGGCAAUUUUUGCAUUCUUCAUCUCUUCAAUUUCAUGUCUGCCCUAUCUUUCCCAAUUGUCAAUCCUCAUCUAACGAUGAUGAUUGUUUAAGCUAAUUACGGGUCGAAUAUUUCAGUUUAAUCGGACGCAAGUUAUUUGGACGAUUUGCUAUCUUUCUCAUUAACAUCUGAGCAGUUUUAAUAGGGGAGACCGUAGAGGUCGCUGCUCCCAACUCUCAGUAUUAAAUGGAUGGCUAUUCUGCACAUAAUCUUGGGGAAUCUUCUCAAUCCUCCACACUUGGCUACACGCGGGACAGUUCAGCUGUUAAUAACUCUUCCCCAAAUCUCCUUUCAACAUGUGCGUUAUGCCACAGAAUCCUUGCCUCUGAAAAUGAGACUGGGGACCUUGAAAUUAUCAGCGUAUGUGGGGAUUGCAAAUUUUUAUUGCUCGAGGAUCUCCAGACCACCUCACCGGAUGUGUACCCAAGGCGAAUGCCCAUAUCAAGGAGAAGGUAUGAUAGCUCUGAGUCUGUUGAGAGUAUCUUCUCUCAACAAUUUUCGCAAAUGAUCACCCUGGCAAGGCAGAACCAGUCCACGGUUUUCGACCAUGAUAAUCAAUCUGUAGAUGGAGAUGGUGCUGCAAGGUUAAUGCAGCGGACAAGUUCUCGUACUACCCCAAGUGGGUCUAGAAGAUGGAGGAGAGUGUUCUCAGAUACUGAAAGUGAUGGCUUUGAUUCUCUCUAUGGGGAGAGUGAAUCAAAUGUCAGCUUUAGGAGAUACAGGGCUUUCCAUGGUGAGGCUGAUACCCUUUCUUAUAGUGCCUAUGGAGGCGACUCUGAUGCUUCUGUUGAUGGCCAGAGUUUCUUGGACAAUGAAAAUUUUGGCCAUCCAAAUGGAGGGAGUGAGGUAGAAAGUGAUACCGAUAUUGAUCCAAUGAAUGCCGGUCUCUAUCACUGGAACUCAGAAGAUGAGGAAGAAGAUGAUAGUGAAUGGGAGGAAGCUCAGAAUGAUGGGAACACAUUUGACUCUUUGCGAGCUGGGGCUCAGCUUCAUGGUUCAUCAAGACUGAAUGGGAGCAACAUUUAUAUUAAUCGCGGCAGGCAGUUUUUGUCCCCUGAAGUUGAGAGUAGGUUUGGAAUCAGUGGGAGGAUACAACCACAUACUGGUGACUUGUUAACUAACUUUGAAGAGUCGGAGGCAUGGAAUUAUGCUGGAAACUCUGGAGAUUACCUCGACUCCAGAGGCUUUGAGAAUCUUCUUGAGCAUCUUGCUGAAACUGAAAGUUCAAGGAGAGGGGCACCUCCUGCUUCUUUAUCUUUUGUAAAUAGUAUGCCAUGUAUGACAAUUGAUGAGGGCAAGCUGGAUAGUAUGGCAUGUGCAAUCUGCAAGGACUCCUUCACUGUCGGCACUGUUGUAAACCAGCUUCCUUGUUUUCACCUCUAUCACCCUUCCUGCAUCUUGCCAUGGUUAAGCACAAGAAAUACAUGCCCACUUUGCCGUUGUGAGAUGCCGACUGACGACAAGGAUUAUGAAGCAAGGAAAAGGAAUGAGGGCAGCGAAUAUGACACUCUUCUUAUCCAUCAGCAUGAUGUGAAUGAUGAUAGUUCCUUGGAUGCCACAUAUGAUGGUGUAAUGGAUGAACCGUCUCAACUUCAUCAUGGUAGAGAGCAAAGAGAGGUACUUGAUGCAAAUUCUGUUGGGGUGAAUGGUGUCAGCAACGUUCCAAGGAAUAGAUGGUUCUUCCUUGCUGCUGCAGCUGCUCCAAUUGUCAGCAUGGUUGGCAUUUCUCUCAUGUUGUGGUUCCGCAACCCAUCUACUGAUAGAAGAUGCAUAAGUAGCCAUAUCCCCUAUCGUAGGGAUGAUAGCCAGAGGAGGUGGUGGUCAUUUUUUUGACUUUUCCCAAAAAAAUUGCUGAGCAAUUUCCUUACUUUGUACUACAAGUGUUACAAAACGACUUGACUGUCUCAUCUGGUGCUCUAUUUGGUUCAAGCAGGCAUCAAUUAUUCGACGUCUUAGAUUACAAGUGAAAGUCCCCUUGUCAUUCCUAAUAUGUUAUAUCUCCUGAACUUGAUUGUAUAUUACACCAUUGUGCACCUUGUUUAGCA